AUGUGCUUUUGGACUAGCCACUCCUACAGUUGUCAUGGUUGGUACUGGAGUUGGUGCAAUCAAGGUCUUUUGAUCAAACAUGGCCAAGUAUUAGAAAUUGCACACAAGGUGAGUUGCAUUGUGUUUGAUAAGACAUGA